UCGGCCGUUUCUCAAAACUGGGCUGCUUUAUAUUUGGGAAGGGAAGCGAUAAUUUUACUUGAAUGAGAAUGACUCUGGUUAUGUUAUAUAUUUCCAUGGAACCAAAUCCCAUCGAUUUGAAACUCUUACACGAUGGCAAAGCUAAUUCGAGUUCAAGAUGUUAAAUAAUUUAACACAAUCUAAUCAAUAUUAAAGCAUUCGUUAGAAAGAUCUUUUUAUUAAAAAGGUAAUUAUAUAUAAUAAGAAAACAUUAUUCUAUCUACCACUACUAUUAUUAUUAUUAGGGAAAAAGGAUGUCCAUUUGUUGGAUUUGAAAUGUGAUUUCCACUGUUAAAUAAUAAUUUUUAAAUUUAUCCAUAUGAACUUCAUUUUAAAAUAUUAAACUAUGUAAAUAGUAACAAAUCAUAAUUCUUAAUGUGCCUUCUCAAAAAGAAAAAAAAUAAAACUCUUAAUAUGUCUAACAUUGUUUGGUCCCUCUGUGUCUGUGAGCCUUUUUAUCGCAAUUUGCAAUAUGAUACCCAGGAAAAGAAUUAAUUAAGAAAAGGCACCUCCUAUUACAAACAUAUAUUAUUGCGCCCAUGGCCAUAAACGUUGAUUACUUGAGACAACCUUUUCGACAGCAAGCAACCCAGUAGCCUUUUUACAGCUUUCAAUCAGUUUCUCACAGAUGGAAGGUGAAUCUGAUAGAAUCACUCAAAUAGAAGAGGGUCAAGCUCAAUUGAUUCGGGGGCUUCCUGAUGACAUUGUUCUUUUCUGCUUGGCAAGAGUGCCGCGGAAGUACCACACGGUGCUGAAGUGUGUUUGCAGGAGAUGGAGAGACUUAGUGUGCAGUGAGGAGUGGCGUGCUUAUCGUAUGAAGCACAAUUUGAGUGAGACUUGGAUAUAUGCUUUGUGUCGUGACAAGUUUGACCAGAUAUGUUGUUAUGUGUUGGACCCCGAUUCUUCAAGAAGGUGUUGGAAGCUUAUUCAAGGGCUUCCUUCUCACUGUUUGAAGAGAAAAGGUAUGGGUUUUGAAGCUCUAGGGAAGAAGCUUUACUUUUUAGGUGGUUGUGGUUGGUUGGAAGAUGCUACUGAUGAAGCCUAUUGCUAUGACGUUUCAAGGAACUCUUGGACUGAAGCUACUUCCUUGUCUACAGCAAGGUGCUAUUUUGCUUGUGAAGUUAUGGAUGGGAAAAUCUACGCCAUUGGUGGGUUAGGUUCAAAGUUGAGCGAUCCACAUUCUUGGGACACUUUUGAUGCUCACAAGAAUUGUUGGGAAUCACAUUCUGAUGCUAACAUUGUUCCUGAUGUUGAGGAUUCCAUAGUCUUGGAUGGGAAGAUCUACAUCCGUUGCGGUGCCUCAUCAGUGAGUUCUCAUGUAUAUGCUGUUCUUUAUGAGCCUUUAAAUGGCACGUGGCAACAUGCAGAUGUUGACAUGGCAUCAGGUUGGAGGGGUCCAGCAGUUGUUGUGGAUGGUUGCCUUUAUGUGCUGGAUCAGAGUUCAGGAACGAGGCUGAUGAUUUGGCGGAAGGAUAAAAGGGAAUGGAUGGCAGUUGGAAGGCUGUCAUCAUUGCUUACAAGACCGCCUUGUCGAAUUGUAGCAAUUGGGAAGAGGAUAUUCAUUAUAGGGAAGGGACUUAGCACGGUGGUGUUUGAUAUUGGCAAAACUGGAAAUAUGGAAGGGGUGAUGGUCAGUUCUUCCAUACCCGGAUUAAACUAUGAGGAUGAUGUAAUCAGUUGUAAAUCUUUAGCAUUAUGAAUUACUAACACUCUAGUCACUUGUUUCAUUUAGUCAAUGACAAUGUUCUGCGCACAUACUCAGUUAUGUACCUGGUCAAUACCCUCUGUGAGAAAUGAAUUUAAUGUUGUCUUACAGACAAGAGGAAAGGGAAUCAAAGAAGACUAUUUAUUUUCAA